GGAAAUACAGGCAAACUAAUAUUUAAACCACAAUUAUGAACACUGUACUCGGGAUUGCCGUUUUAUUCGUUUUGGUUCAUGCAGAAGACGACCUUGGAACAAGACCGGAGUAUUGUAAUGAUGGAUAUAAGGGAGUGUUUUGUGAAAACAGAUGUCCCUAUCCAACAUUUGGAAGUCAAUGCAGUGAAAGAUGCCAUUGCAGCAUCGAGUUUUGUGAUCAUACAAAUGGAUGUCGUGCUCCAGCUGAUAAGUGUUCCGUUGGUUUUAUGGGAAAAUACUGUAAAGAAAUGUGUCAUUUUCCAAGUUACGGAUAUGGUUGUCAACAAAAUUGCCUUUGUCCUAAGUCAAACUGUCAUUUUCAAAAAGGAUGUCAACGCAAAAAAAAUUCUUCAAAAAAUUUAA